AACCUUUGUCAUAUUACAUCUACAUAAUGAGUCUGUAACUCACAUAACGUGUAUAUUUUAGAUUCCGAAUGAAUAACGACGAGCUUGGAAACCGAGCUAGAAACGGUAGGGCCCAAGGAGAAAUGACCCUCAGGGCGGGGAACUACCCGUGCAAGAAAAGAGUCGAAGUUUAAACAAAUAGGCGUCAGAAAGAUGCAGAGGGACUCUGUUUCUCAUGUUGAAAUUUCUGUUGUAAACCAUUAUUUUGGGAUACAUGAUACAUGAUGUGGAGUGGUUCGCGUUUGGUAUUUUAUACUUGGAACCUGAAGUACUUUGAGCAGUUCUAAUAAAGGGUGUUUGUUGAUCGCAUUCAAGUUUUGUCUUUGAGAACAAUGUCCCGUUGCAUGCCAUUCCCUCCACCGGGGUACCUGUGGAACGGUGUGGAGGGCGAGGCGCUUACAGAACUAAUUAAGCUCAACAGAGAAAGGGUAGAGGCGGAGAAGGAAAGGAAGGAGGAGAAGAGGAGGAGGGAGAAAGAGAGGAAGAAAAGAAGGGAAGAUGAUGAGAUUAUAGAAGAAAUGCAGAGUCGGAAAAGUAGGCACAAGGAUGGCAGGAACAAGAGAAGUCGGGAGAAAAGUGACAAUCAAAGGAAAAGGAAGCAUGAGAACAGCAGUCAUACGGAAGAGCUCAAGCAGCCCAUGAUUUCUUACAGGUCAUAUGACUCGUCUGACAAUAGCCAAAACAGAGUGAGGGAAAAGAACAGAUGGUCUGCCAAUGGCUACCCUAACCAUGGAUUCAUCGUUCAUUUCGACUUUCAAUGGCAAAAGCAUAAGGAUCGAGCAGCACAAUCCAUCAAACCAUUUUGUGCUGAUCCUACGUGGAUGGAUAUACUUGUACAAGAGGAGUUCGAAAUGGAUUUUAGAACCAGAAAAGAUCAACUUUGUUCUACUUCUCGUAUGCCCACAGCAUUUGCCCAGAAAAUGGCUUCUAGUGCUAUCAGAGAUAGGUGCCAACGCCCUCCUCAAAUGGAGGUUGUUACUGAUCAUGAGGAGGCUGAAACAGGUCCAGCAUCCAGCUCCUCUGAAAGUGCACUGCAGGUAGAAUCACAAUAUAGAGCAUUGAUUGUGAAUUGGGUUCCCCCUCCCUUACAGACAGACCACCAUAAGUUUGAUGAUCAAGAGUGGCUCUUUCAGAGAACGCAGCCUAGAAGUGACAUGACUUGAGAAAAUAAUGCUAGCAAUGACUUCUGUCAUGGAAGCUACGUCCUAUACCCUUAAGCUAAUUGUUUGCCCCAGUAUGGCUUGUAGCUUUGCCUCAUUUAACACAUUUCUGAAACUGUAAAUGGAAGUAUCUGACCAUGAGUGUAAGAAAUUUUUUUCCUCUGUGGUUACGUUUGUAUUCUUUUUGUCACACCAGGCAGUAAUCAAACUAAGAACAGGCUUACCUGCAUUUCUUCUCUUGGAUGUGAUGUUAUAUAGUUGCAUUUGCUUGAAGUGACUAUAUGAACUUAGGUGUGCUUAAUGGCAGAUAACGACAUUUGGGUUUGUUGCAUAUGGCUUGCAAUAGGGGAUAAGGAUCUUGAUUGUGGAUACAGAUUUCAACCUCAUUGACAUGGUGGAGCUCUCAUCAUACCAUCAGAGAAGAAAAUGCUUGGGCAGACUGGCUAAAUUCAUCCAUUGUUUAUAUAAACCUCGGGUCCACUCACCAAGAGUUCCAACAGGGAUUAGCUGCCGUGUCUUCAGGAGAUUAUUUAUUUGGUCUAAUUUCAUACCUCAACUUGAGUUCAUAGAAUCAGAACAGAAUUCCGUACAGUUUCAUGUUAGUAGAACUUAUUAACAUUAGAACUAGUUAGGUUUGUUUGCUGUUAUAUAUUUUUGCAACAGAGUUUAGUGACUGCCACAUAAUAUGAUAAAAACUUCUUGGCUA